AGUGCGCGGUGAGCGGAUACUGUAUUCCCUCCUCCUCAAUUUAAUGUAAGAUGGUAGUAAGACGCUGCUGCCUAAAGAAAUAGUUAGACUAGACUAAAUAUCAAAACCAAGAUUUCAAACCAGAACAGAGCCGGACAGGAUAGUAGAGAAACUCCAGCUGCUUUGAGAAAACAAUUUCCGCCCUGAUAUUUGUACAAAUAUCUUCGGAGAGGAAUCCCGGCUAAACUUUGUUGUGUCUCAUUCUGGUGAGUUGCCGUGAUCGCCCCUGUACCAGUGCAAUAAGAUGUCCCGUAGCCCUGAGCUGAAGGAAGACCCAAUGGAGUGCCCUCUCUGUAUGGAGCCUCUGGAGAUCGAUGACGUCAACUUCUUCCCGUGUACCUGCGGCUACCAGAUCUGCCGUUUCUGCUGGCAUCGUAUCCGCACAGACGAGAACGGCCUCUGCCCAGCCUGCAGAAAGCCGUACCCUGAGGAUCCGGCUGUGUACAAGCCCCUCUCACAGGAGGAGAUCCAGAGGAUAAAGAACGAGAAGAAGCAGAAGCAGAACGAGAAGAAGCAGAAGGUGACGGAGAACCGGAAGCACCUGGCCAGCGUGCGCGUGGUGCAGCGGAACCUCGUGUUCGUGGUGGGUCUCUCGCAGAGGCUCGCGGACCCUGAGGUCCUUAAGAGGCCGGAGUAUUUUGGAAAGUUUGGCAAAAUACAUAAAGUGGUCAUCAAUAACAGUACGUCGUAUGCGGGCUCACAGGGUCCUAGUGCCAGUGCCUACGUUACAUACAUCCGCUCAGAAGAUGCCCUAAGAGCAAUACAGUGUGUUAAUAAUGUGGUAGUCGAUGGGAGAACACUCAAGGCUUCUUUAGGCACAACAAAAUACUGCAGCUAUUUUCUCAAAAGUAUGCAGUGCCCUAAGCCGGACUGCAUGUAUCUGCAUGAACUAGGAGAUGAGGCGGCUAGUUUUACUAAAGAGGAGAUGCAGGCUGGGAAACACCAGGAAUAUGAACAAAAACUACUCCAAGAUCUUUAUAAAGCAAAUCCCAACUUUCUACAAACUUCAACAUGUGGAGGAGAAAAGUCUAAAAACAAAGCAAAUGCUACCCAAAGACAGAACAGCGGUGGUAAAGAUGGUUGGCCUUUAUUACAGGGUUACGGUAAACUAGUGAACGGUUUACCGACAGAACAUCGAAAGUCCCCGCCCCUUUUAGAUUGUUUGACAGACUCAGAUCACAUGACCCCGGAAGAACCAGACACUGAGUUAGGAACAGAUCAAAACACAGGACUCUCGCACUUUCCCUCAGUCUUAGAACCUACCAGUCCUGUUGAUAAACCUACAGAACCUGUAAGUAUAGGGAACGGAGAGAAUAUAGCACAGGUCCCGAACAGUGACUCGCCUUCCCCUCCCCCUGGGUUUUCUAAGCCAAGCCUGGCAGUGCCCAUCAGCGUGGCAGAACUCACAGCUCGCUCACCGUUUGAGGGAGCUCCCGCUGAGUCUCAGUCGCUCUUCUCAGACAACAGUAACUUCAGACAUCCGAACCCCAUCCCCAGCAGCCUGCCCUCUUUCCCCAGCUCCCCACAGGGUGGAUCUGACUGGCCCAUGACCCCUGAACCCCAGAGCCUCUUUACCUCAGACACCAUCCCUGUGUCCUCAUCCACUGACUGGCAAGCAGCUUUCGGCUUCGGCUCUUCGGCCAAGCAGCAGCAGCAGGAGGAUGAUCUAGGCUUUGACCCGUUCGAUGUGACGAGGAAAGCACUGGCUGACCUCAUCGAGAAGGAGCUGUCGGUGCAGGAAACCUCGCCGCGUUCCCCGUCAGUCCUUCCUAAUGGCCAGCCACGCCUUCCCCCGCUGCAGCACCGUGGCCUCUACAACUCCUUCAGCCUGCCCGCACACGCCCACGCCACCCCUGCACGCCAGCCCUGGAUGGGCCUGCCCACCCGCAACAACCUCGCACACUUGAACCACAUCACACACAGCCACUUCCUAGACCCAGGCUGCCCACCACCACACCACAGCACAGGCCUUGGGGGAAUAACUAUAUCAGCAGAAAACAGUGGUUCAGUGGAAAGCAUAAAUGUGAAAGAGUGGCAGGACGGCCUGAGAGCACUCCUUCCAAACAUCAACAUCAACUUCGGAGGGAUCCCAAAUUCCACAUCAUCAUCCUCCUCUUCCUCCUCUUCCUCCACCUCCAGUAUGAACCACAUGGGGAUCCCGACAGGCUCAGUGGGACUCUCGCACAGCCUGAGCUGGGACGGCACAACAAGCUGGAUGGACCCAGCCAUCAUCACUGGUAUCCCAUCAUCCACCGGCAACAGUUUGGACUGUGUGCAGGACGAGAACCCUCCGCACUGGCUCAAGUCUCUACAAGCUCUGACUGAGAUAGACGGCCCGAGCGGUUCAGUGGUGUCUCAGCCUCGUCACUCGGGCCUGCUGGACUCCACAGUUCGGCUUCCUCUGCACAGAGGCGGCUGGGCGCCGUACCUCCCUCCUCCAUCGCUCGCUCCCAGCCACUUCCACUCUCCUCCCCCAGGCUUCCAGACAGCCUUCAGACCUCCAGUGCAGACGACAACAGACCUCCUACAGAGCGCUGCCAUGGAGCGCCACUAGGGACAGAACCUCAUCACUUUCUCCAUCCCUGUUAACUUAACUGUAAUGAUGCGCAAAUAUCCUGAUCAUUAAUAACAUAAGCUCUUAUUUGUCUGACCCUUUGUCCCUCUCCAUUAUCCUCCUCCUCUCACCUGUAUUUUGAGGCACACAUUAACAAACAGUUUGGUGGGGGGGGGGUAAGGCCAUCGUUCACAUGUAAGCAAUCAAGGAGGGUUUGAGAAGCAUUUGAUGCGCACACUAUUAAUAAUGGUUAAAAACUCAUACAGGACUCAUCCAUUCUAGGCUCCACUUUUGAUCUAAUACUGUGAAUGUGUUACUUAAUGACAGGGAUCUUAAUGACUAGUUUAUCAGUGAGCUCAUUUGGACAGUCAUUUCAGAGGAAAUACUUGUCAAUGUCAGUGAGGUUUGGACAGUCUUACAUUUAGACUGGCUUGCAGAAGUAGAAGGAGGUUAUGAAAACAGAACUUGUCACCCUUGUGUAAGCAUGGUUUAAAUGCACAAGUCUUAAUGCCACAAAGCAUCGAUAGAGACCCCCUGAUGCCCCCAGACAGCAUGUGGGGAGUCACUGCUGUACCUCUGUAUCAGAGGAUGGAGCGCUGCCCUGCUGAUGGCCGGGGGUUUGGGGCCUAUCUCACUACCACAUGACCUAUGGUGGGUGCAAGGUGCCACUAUGUGGCACUUUGUCACUCCACUCCUAGUGAAAAGCAUCAAGAUUGCAGUGCACGGUUGCUAAACAUGACUAUCUGAAAUACGUAGUUGUGCUAAAGCUAAGGAAGGGUGGCAAAAAUGGCAGAUAAAGUGCUGAUAAUGGUUAGUAAUGACUGAUGUUUUAGUAACACCACCUGGCCAAUUCAGGCCCUCCUAAUCAUUUCUCUUUUGUUUUGGUCUCUGCUGUGUGGCCCAUACUAAACAGUAUUUAUCAGACACACUCCUUCAUUCUUUCAGGAAAAAUUCAAUAUAGUACAACCUCUUCGUUUUUAAACAUGCUGCUGAGAUAACACAUUUAAUACAAAGUGAAGAGCUAAAAAAAAGAAUUGACUUUUCUGCAGAUCUGGAACAACAAAAUCCUAAAUAAAAUUGAAUACUCAGUG